UCUGUCGUUUUAACGGGAAUGACGUAGGGGCUUGAGAGUGGAAGGGCUUGACAGAGGACACGCGCUGUCAGGCCCCUUCUGCAGCCAGACACUCGUGGUUAUUCGUGCUGUACGACACGUCUCUGAUGGCGUCGGUCGUUACGCUGCAGUGCAUCUUAUUUUUCCUAAACGUUUCAGGCCCUGUCUGUGAGACGUAAACUGCGCAUGUAGGAAGCACUUUUUCCCUGAGCUCGGCCUCCACGAUGUAAUGCACAGUGACUGUCAGGCAGUGGUCUCGGGCCAGACCACUCCGUCCAUCUGAAGUCACUGCGACAUGGCCAACAGCUUGGAGUUCCCUCUUGAGAUUUUCUUUUGCUAUGUCAUGCCUGUCACACCUCUGUUCAGGCUGUCGUGACAAUGCCAAGUUGGAAUUAAGGUGUUUGAGAGAAGAUCUCCGGUUAAGGGGCGGUAUUUUGGGUUCAGGGUCCCGAUCAUUUCCCUGUCAUCAUAAAAAGACAGAAUACCAUAAGUAAUAACACUGCUUUUUCAUUAGUAUCUUUUCAUCAUCAUCAUAAUCAUACACAUAAACCCUCAUUUACAAUAGGCCGUAUGAUAAGUUACCUAAAGCAUGUGGACUCCACAGUGAAGAAGGGCACCAUCUCUUUGACAAUGAACGCGGUCACUGCCGUGUGGCACUCCUUUACUUUCUGAAGAGACAAGAUCUCCUUCUGAGCAAGGGUGACGGGUGUCACUUAUGCUGCUCUCACUGUGACACGAGGGAGAUCUGUCAACGGAAGCAAGAGAACAAAAUUGGCAGCGUCACACAAGCUGCUGUUCUUAUCAUACAACUACAAUAUCAAUUUAUUACAGUUUUUAUAAAAAUAUCCCCGAACAAUAACUAAAACAUAGUUCACUAAUUAACUGAAGCUGCAGUAGAACUUGUCGAUGGCGCAGUUUCGAUGUUCUCGAUGUCGAUGCUGGCUGCAUGGAUGAUUGCCGGCGCAGCUGCUGCAGCUGCGGCUUUAACUGCGGCGCUCCAAUUAUCAAACCACGAACAUUCAUCCGCCCGUAAAUAUAUUUUCCUCAAAUAUAGUUUCCUCAAGUUCCACGUAUUGCUAACCCCAGUUCUGCAUUUAGCGAGGCAAAUAUUGCAUGUCGCGCUGUCAGUGUGCUUUCUUCCCUUGGCAACCAUUGUCAUGGUAAACAAAAUUAACACGGUCGCUUGAAUAGCAAAUUGAAAUUUAACUGCAUGAAAUAUCAGUCUAUCCUGUUGCAGCUUUAAAUGUAAAUUGCACUGAAACGCUGAGAUACAGUAGCUGUUGAUUCACUUAAACCUUUCUCCCAGUUCCGUAUGUGUAAGCCCCCGUCUUGUGCCUUCUUCGUUGGACAGACCCUCCUGGCUUUCACGACCCUAUGCCUGCUGCCCUGACCACGAUGUUGCCUGCCAAUUCUGUCUUUGGUUGCUUCCCGUAUGAUAAUCCUUUUGUGGUUACAGAGCUGUGAGCCUCUUAUCUAGCUCUGAUGUAAGGGAGACCAGGGUUUUAGCUUGCACUUCACUAGCAGGAAGAUUAUUCCAAACUCUAACUACAUGCUGUGAAAAGAAGUGCUUCCUGAAAUCCAGUUUAAAAUGUUUUCCCGUUAAUUUCCACAAAUGGCCACGAGUUCUAGUAAAAUUAAAUUAAUAUUGAAAUAAGUAUUUGCUUGAACAGCAUCCAGACCAGUUAGAAUCUUAUAUAAAUCUGAAUCAUGUCCCCCCGUAAUCUCCUUUGCUCACCUCUCCUCUUAAGACCACGAAUCAUUCUUGUAGCCCUACGUUGAACCUUUUCCAAGGCAGCAAUGUCCUUUUUAAGGUAUGGCGACCAAACCUGCACACAAUAUUCUAGGUGGGGUCUUACCAAGGAAUUGUAUAAUCGUAGCAUCACCUCCCUUGACUUAAACUCCACACAUCUAGAGAUGUAACCCAACAUCCUAUUGGCCUUUUUUAUUGCUUCCCCACACUGGCGAGAGUGGGGCAUGGAAGCAUCAACAUACACAUGAUAUAAACCGCACUGACAACACAACAAAUAACGAAAAUUAAGAACAAAUAAAUAAAUGUAUUUGUUUAGUUUGUAUGACUAACACAGCUAUGUCAGCACUGUCCACUUGCUAGCAGGGGUAGUAGGCAAACAGCCUCGGUCAGGGGGGGGCAGCAGUAGAGCAGCUAAGGCAGCGUGACUGGAGUGGCAGCUGUUGAAGUCUCUCUGUCAAACACCAACCCCAGCUUGCAGUUCCUACAUAAUACAUAAAACCUCAGGUUCAAAGCAAAGGUGAGAGUGUAAAACAGACACUUGUAAUGGCCACAUUACAGCAUUUUGUUUCUAAUACUCCUAGCGUUUAAAUACAGACCGCAAAGGGUAGGUCUUUCAUCUACAUGUUGCAACGAACCCUCUCUCACCUAGAGCAGGCAGGGAGCACUGUGAGAGUCAUGUUUUUUUACUUCUCCAGUGUUUUCAACACUGUCCAACCUGCACUACUGAGAGGGAAGCUGGAGGGAGCCGUUGUAGGCAAGCAGCUGACUGCAGGGACCAUCGACUACCUAACCAACAGACCGCAGUAUGUGAGGCUCCACAACUGUGUGUCUGAGAGGUGGCCUGCUGGGGGAGCGGAUGCACGGAAAGGGACAGAAGCAGAAUUGACAAACUGGUGCGGAGGUCAAGCUCUGUGCUGGGAUGCCCUCUGGAGACUGUGGAGGUGGUGGGUGAGAGGAGGAUGUUAGCGAAGCUGACAUCCAUCAUGAACAACCCUCAUCACCCCCUGCACGAGACCGUGAGUGUGCUGAGCAGCUCCUUCAGUCAGAGACUGAUACACCCUCGCUGCAGGAAGGAGCGCUUUCGCAGAUCAUUCAUCCCGACAGCAGUUAGACUCUAUAACACAAUGAUGUCAUGAGUCACCAGGGACUACCUCUAAGGUCACCAUUACCUACCACUUCAUACAUAACGCACCUUGUAGAGGGCUGAGACGGAGCAUUGCAUGAAAAUUUAAGCAAAGCCUUCACAGCAUGACAUUGUAAGAGUAUCGCAAGAGACGUCAGUCAGCCUCUCAAAAAGCUUUAUCAAUGCGAAGUGGACGAAGUGUUGAUAAUAUAUGCAAGGUUUUUAUCUACGUUUUAGGUAGUUUGCUUGCUAAUUUUAGACCAAAAACUCCAUUAUGCUCCUUUAACGUUAUCGUGCUGUUGUGCUAGCUACAGGGGUUUGACGAUGAAACUGAAACACUGGUCAAUAUAGCUUUUGAGGUUUCACACUUUUAUGUGCACAGCCUGGUGGCCAAUCUUCACCAGGUUGCACAUCCCAUCAGUAAGAGCGUGAAGGUUGAAUUAGCAGAGCAACAGCACAGCUAUACAUAAAAUACUGUAAUCCAGACAACAUAAUGGGAUGGAUGGAAAUGUUGAAUUGUGUCAGUCUAUGGUUCCUUUAGUGCUGUCAGGGAGUUAAGCUUCAGGGUUUAAGAAAGAUUAAGGGAUGCUGGUCCACGCAUAGCCCUGCAGACGCUGUGAAAUGUUGAGAUAUAAUUCAAAUCCAUCUAUGUUGUAAUUAUUACUCAAUAGUAAAUUAUGCUGUUGCAUUAGUAUAGUAGAAAAUAAAUGCAUUUAAGAAGAGCUCGAUGGCUGAAGUGUCAACACCACAUCCUGUCCAAACACCUCGCUGCAGCAAACAGACGACCUAAAACGCAGAGGGAACAAGAUCAUAGUAACGGAGGAAGUAAUCUGGCAAGGAAAUGGCCUUUCUGUAAAAUGUCCACCUCGCUUGUCCACUGUUUCCUCCGUCUUUCUCUCUUGAUGUGGACGUUAUCAGUGGUGUUCCUGAAGUUGCCCAUUGGACAGUGUUGGCGAGUCGUGAAUGGUGCUGUUGGGGAAUCAGCUGUUCUGUCAGGGACAAAUGACACCACUCCGGCAACAAAUCUGCAGUGGAGGAAAGAUAAAGUUAUCAUGCAAAGGCUUAAGGGAAAUAUAACUUUCUAUAACCAAGCCUAUGAAGGGAGACUCACCCUGAGUGAGAAACAUGGGUCUCUAACCAUCAACCCUCUGAUAAAAAGCGACACUGGAAAAUAUACCUUUGAAUCCCUCCCACCGCCAUGGCCAACGGAGAUGCAUGUGUUACAGCUUAACGUUUAUGACAGAAUCGUGUCUGUGGAGAUGGACUCGCAGGUGAGCUACAGCCCAGAAAACAGCACCUGUACCGUGACUCUGAGCUGCACGGUGAAGGGCAGCGUGGUGAAGCUCUCCUGGUCUAAAGACCGUAAGAAGAUCCCUGAUACGGAGGGGAAUGAGACCCUGGUGGUGACUCCCACGGCUGGAGAGGAGCUCUAUUCCUGCACGGCCUCCAACCCUGUCAGCUCACAGACCGCGAGCCUGGGGGUCUCCUCCUGUCAGACACACGUUCCCCUGGAUAUCAGCAUAUAUGCGCUUGCUGGCAUUGGAGCUCUGUUUGUGCUGAUACUGGCGAUCAUAGGAUGCAUCUUCCAAGUCAGAGCCAAGAGGGAAGUGACCAAAGAAAACACAGUGUAUGCUGAAGCCAACAAGCCGCACGUCAGAGAGAGGAGCACACAGGACAUUUGCUCUAGACAGGCUUCACCAUCUGAAGAUGUUUCCACGUGUUAUGAAGGUGUGAGAAGCACAUCGGACAUUUGCUCUAGACAGGAUUCACCACCUGGAGAUGUAUCCACCUGUUAUGAAGCUUUGAGAGGCACAUCGGACAUGCGCUCUAGACAGGCUUCACCAUCUGAAGAUGUUUCCACCUGUUAUGAAGGUGUGAGAAGCACAUCGGACAUUUGCUCUAGACAGGAUUCACCACCUGGAGAUGUAUCCACCUGUUAUGAAGCUUUGAGAGGCACAUCGGACAUGCGCUCUAGACAGGCUUCACCAUCUGAAGAUGUUUCCACCUGUUAUGAAGGUGUGAGAAGCACAUCGGACAUUUGCUCUAGACAGGAUUCACCACCUGGAGAUGUAUCCACCUGUUAUGAAGCUUUGAGAGGCACAUCGGACAUGCGCUCUAGACAGGCUUCACCAUCUGAAGAUGUUUCCACCUGUUAUGAAGGUGUGAGAAGCACAUCGGACAUUUGCUCUAGACAGGAUUCACCACCUGGAGAUGUAUCCACCUGUUAUGAAGCUUUGAGAGGCACAUCGGUCGUCCCUUCUGGAAAUUAAACGAUAUAUGAAAUUGUGAAAUUUGCCCACGACGCCCCACCGGCUGCAGUAACCCAACGUCUUUAGCAAAGAUCUUCCCACGACGGUCAGCGCUGUAUUUACAUUCACUUCCUUUGCCGACCCUUUUGCCAACAAGGACUUUAUAUUCACUCAUGGUAAUUUUACAGGAUUUGAACCAACAACCUCUAAGAGCUCUCGCUGCCUGCUUUCACCUGGUUUGUGUUAUAUAAAUGUAUCAACACCGGCAUGUUUUGCGGCUGCUGAAGAAAGAAACCCACAGUGACUGUGAGUUCUUCUGAAAUAGGAACAGAGCUCAGUAUAAGUCAGUUUGAAAUGGGAACAUGUAGAUUAUUUUCAAAACAGUAAUUUGAGUAAUAUGUUCAUUUUCGGGGCGGCAUGGUGGUGCAGUGGUUAGCACUGUUGCCUCACACCUCUGGGACCCAGGUUCGAGUCUCCGCCUGGGUUACAUGUGUGUGGAGUUUGCAUGUUCUCUCCAUGUCGUCGUGGGGUUUCCUCCGGGUACUCCGGUUUCCCCCCACAGUCCAAAGACAUGCUGAGGCUAAUUGGAGUUACUAAACUGCCCGUAGGUGUGCGUGUGUGAGUGAUUGGUGUGUGAGUGUGCGAUGGGCUGGCCCCCGAUCCAGGGUUGUUCCCUGCCUCGUGCCCAUUGCUUCCAGGAUAGGCUCUGGACCCCCCGCGACCGAGUAGGAUAAGUGGUUUGGAAAAUAGAUGGAUGGAUGGCUGGAAAAAUAUGACGUAUUGGUUAACGACUCAUACUUCAGAAAAUAAGCUUACGACGGUGACUUUUCACGAUUAUGCACGUUCGUGACUCGGCUAAACUGGGCACCAGAUAUAAGAAACAGCUCACAACAGAAGUAUAGAAAUAUCCCUUUAUUAUCAGGAUUCCACAAUUCAGUGUCCCUGCCCCAAUAAGAAAAUGGAGUAGCCAGGCAACACCGCAACCCCCCCACACAAUGAUCUCAGCACAGCAAUCUCUAAAACACUUGUUAGAAUAUUUAACAAUCAGCUAAAACACCUUGCUAGAGUUCACACGUGUACAAUGAAAAGGGCCUGGGCAGCUCAUAUCAACACAAGGGCCAUGAACACCAAAAUCACAUGUGGUUCCUCCUAAAUAACACAUAAAUACAAAAGAAAAAUUAAUUCAUAUCAAACAAUAUUAUUUGAAUUAACUAGUCGGGGGAAGACAGCACAAUCCCUCGAAAACAAAACCACAACAUAAAUAACCCCCCAGCUUCUAGAAGGAACCACAAACCUUUCCUGUGGCGCCUGGAGUCCACGCCGCUGCCACCGACCGCGGACUUCGUCGUUAGCUUCCCAACCCAGCGCAGCCCGCCAAUACUCGCCGUACGUCCCACAAUGCAAUAAUUUCCCCAAGAUACACGCCUUCGCAUAUGGCAGCUGCAGCAUGGAUUCCAAGCACCACCGAGCAUAGAGCAUAGGGAAACACCUGUGAGGCGGAAGUAUGGACGAUAUAAAAUGUUAGCGAAGGAGUAAGGAGGGGGUCCUUACUCCUUCGCUAACAUUUUAUAUCGUCCAUACUUCCGCCUCACAGGUGUUUCCUGUUAACCCUUACUUGUCACCAUAAAUAUCCCCGCCUUCAAUACCCCUUACAUUAAUGGAAGAGACUGAAAACUACAUUUUGUAUAAGAAUGAGCAAGAAAAUGUGGAAAAACAGUUUUUGCAGUAGCAGAAGAAACACUGGUUUUCAGGGACCCAACAACCAUACCAGACAGUGGGUAAACUACGCCACCAAAAGACCUUUGCACUAGAAAGUAAUUUUCACGAUUGUAACCACUUACAACUUGACAGUUGGCACCCACAAAGAAUGCCUUCCCUCCUUUCCUGCUGCUUCUACCUUACAAGGGCAUUAGCUUGUUCCGUGUUACUUAACCCUUUGCUGUCAAAUGCUCGCUGAAAUAAAG